AUGGUUCCCGCCUUUUCCCGCUCAUCCCCGUCAGCUUCUGCUCAAGUCGACCCCGACCCUGACCCCGAGUUUCCCGAGGAUUACCGAUACGACGGGAAUUCGGUAAUGGAUAUGGAGUCUUUAAGCGGCGGGUAUACCUCGGACUUUUCGCUUAUGGCAACGCCGUCUAUGUCUCUGGAAGACGCCCUCGCCCGAGCCACGGAGGCAGCUUCGGAGACGAGCCUCAGCUCCGUGCCAGACGAGACGGUAGCUUCUAGCGGAGGCAGGAAUGACGCGUUUAUGGACGCUGCGAUUCAGCGUAUGAGAGACGAGCUCGCGUCGAUGGGGAAGGCGGAAGAGAGCCUGGAAGAAGCCAUUGCGCGGGCUGCUAACGCGGGUUCCGCGGGUAAUUCUUGCGCGCCAUCCGCGCGCGACGCCUGCGCGCCAUCCGCGGGGGAUUCCCGCGCGCCUGCGGGUAACGCGCACGCGAGUGGAGCGUCUCGUGGCACCGGCAAGUCUGACGAUUUCAUGGAUGCAGCAGUGAGAAGGAUGCGCGAGGAGCUGGCGGGAAUGGGGCAGGCGGAUGAGAGCUUGGACGAUGCCAUUGCGCGGGCUGCUGGUGCUGCUGGCGCUACUGUUUAUGGGGCUAGCUCGCACGCUUCUGGGGGUCCGCGUGGGGCUGAGGGGAGUGGGGUUGGGGGAAGUAGCGGUGGGAGCAGUGACCCGCGCAUGGAUGCAGCCGUGAGACGGAUGAAAGAGGAGCUGGCUGGCUUAGGUCGGGCGGAUGAGAGCCUUGACGACGCCAUUGCCCGCGCUGCUGCUGCUGCCGGUAGUGGUGCUGCUGGUGCUCCUGAAGGCGUUGUUGGUGCUCGCUCUCACGCUUCUGAGGGUUCGCGUGGGGCUGGGGGCAGUAGGGGUGACCCGCGCAUGGAUGCAGCCGUGAGGCGGAUGAAAGAGGAGCUGGCUGGGUUAGGACAUGCGGAUGAGAGCCUUGACGACGCCAUUGCCCGCGCUGCUGCUGCUGCUGGCAGUGCUGAUAGUGCUGUGGCUGGUGCUCCCUCUCACGCUUCUGAUGGUUCGCGUAGGGGUGGGGGCAGUGGGAGCGGGAGCAGUGACCCGCGCAUGGAUGCAGCCGUGAGACGGAUGAAAGAGGAGCUGGCUGGCCUAGGUCGGGCGGAUGAGAGCCUGGAAGACGCCAUUGCCCGCGCUGCUGCUGCUGCCGGCGACUUUGGGGCUGGGAACAAUGGGGGUGGGGGCAGUGGGGGUGGGGGCGGUGGGGGCGGUGGGGGUGGGGGCAGUGGGGGUGGGGGGAGUGGGGGUGGGGGCAGUACGGGUGACCCGCGCAUGGAUGCAGCCGUGAGGCGGAUGAAAGAGGAGCUGGCUAGCUUAGGUCAGGCGGAUGAGAGCCUUGAAGACGCCAUUCUCCGCGCUGCUGCUGCUGCCGCUGCUGGUGCUGCUGCUGGUGCAGGUAGCGCCGCUGCCAAUUCUGCCGCCGCCACUCCCUCCCCCCACCUGCAACCCGCGAACCCAGAACCCCUCUCAGCAUACGCACAGCUCAACCCAGCCUUAGCCGAUCUCGACCCAGACCCCCAGUUCCCAGACGACUACCGCUACGAUGGCAACUCAUUCAUGGACUCUGGCCUUCUCAGCUUAGGAGGUACGAUGAGCUCCAUGGGGGCGUCUGGGGGAGGGUAUGCAGGGUCGCAGGGAGCUGUCUGUACGGGCGUGACGCGGCAAUUUUCUAAUCUCAGCCGACCGACAGAGUCGCUGGACGAGGCCAUUGCUCGCGCUGCUGCUGCUGCUGUCACCACCUGUGCUGGGAACGCUUCUGGGGCUGGGUGUGGGGGGGGAAGGGGCGCAGGUGGGGUGGCCCGCGCGCCUGCUGCGCCUGCUGCUCCUGCUGCGCCUGCUGCGCCUGCUGCGCCUGCUGCUUCUGCUGUGCCUGCUUCUGGGGCGCCUGAUGUUGCCGCAGCACGAGCACCAGCCGAUCUUGACCCAGACCCCGAGUUCCCAGACGACUAUCGCUACGAUGGCAACUCAUUCAUGGACUCUGGCCUUCUCAGCUUAGGAGGCACAAUGAGCUCUAUGGGGUCGUCCGGUGCAGGGUCGCAGGGAGCUGUCUGUACGGGCGUGACGCGGCAAUUUUCUAACCUCAGCCGACCGACAGAGUCCCUGGAUGAGGCUAUUGCCCGCCCUGCUGCUGCUGCCACCGUCGCAUGUGCUGAGAAGGCUUCUGGAGCUGGGUGUGGGGGGGGGAGAGGGGCAGAUGGGGGUACCCGCGCGCCUGCUGCUGCGCCUGCUGUGGCUGCUCCUGCUGGUUCUGCUGGUUCUGCGGGUUGGGCUGGGAGGAGGGAGGUAUCAUUGGAUACGGCAGUGCAGGAGAUGCGGGAGCAGCGUGCGAACAUGGGGAAGGCAGGAGAGAGCUUAGAAGACGCCAUUGCCUGCGCAAUCGGUAUGGCUGGUGCUGCUUCCGCUGCUCCUGCUAGGUCUGCUGCUCCUGCUGGCGGUUCUGCUGGUUCUGCUGGUGGUUAUGCUGGGUCUGCUGGGUCUGCUGGGUCUGCUGGUUCUGCGGGUUGGGCUGGGAGGAGGGAGGUAUCAUUGGAUACAGCAGUGCAGGAGAUGCGGGAGCAGCGGGCGAACAUGGGGAAGGCAGGAGAGAGCUUAGAAGACGCCAUUGCCUGCGCAAUUGGUAUGGCUGGUGCUGCUUCCGCUGCUCCUGCUAGGUCUGCUGCUCCUGCUGGCGGUUCUGCUGGUUCUGCUGGUGGUUAUGCUGGGUCUGCUGGGUCUGCUGGUUCUGCGGGUUGGGCUGGGAGGAGGGAGGUAUCGUUGGAUACAGCAGUGCAGGAGAUGCGGGAGCAGCGGGCGAACAUGGGGAAGGCAGGAGAGAGCUUAGAAGACGCCAUUGCCUGUGCAAUUGGUAUGGCUGACGCUGCUUCCGCAAGUCGCCCCCACGCAUCUGCAGAUGGGAGGAAGGGGGGAGAGAGCUUAGACGACGCCAUUGGCCGCGCUGCUGGCGUGGCUGAUGCUGCUUCUGCCCGAGCAGGCAAACCGUAUGCAUCUGGAGGUAUGCCCUAUGCCUCCUCUGCUCAUGGUAGUUCCCUCGCGGGCAUGGGGUUAGCAGGGCGUGGGAAUGAUGCUGGCGUGGCUGAUGCUGCUUCUGCUCGAGCCAGCAAUCUCUACCCGUAUGCAUCCGGAGGAGGUAUGCCCUAUGCCUCCACUGCUCAUGAGAAUUCCCUUGCGCCUUGUGAAUAUGCGGGUUACUCCCUUGCAAACGCGCCCGGGGAUUAUCCGUCCGCCAGAAGGGUGCAGGGGGGAGGGCGGGGGGAGGAUGCGGGCAUGGGGGCGGCAGUGAAAGGGGGUGAUGCGGGCAUGGGGGCGGCAGUGAAAGGGGGUGAUGCGGGCGUGGGGGCGGCAGUGAAAGGGGGUGAUGCGGGCAUGGGGGCGGCAGUGAGGGGGAUGCGCGAGGAGUUAGGGGGGAUGGGGAAGGCGGAUGAGACCUUGGAAGAGGCUAUUGCGCGGGCUUCUAUUGUGGGAUCCGCGGGCAUGGGGGCAGCAGCGGGAGGGGUUGAUGCAGGCAUGGGGGCGGCAGUGAGGGGGAUGCGUGAGGAGUUAGGGGGGAUGGGGAAGGCGGAUGAGAGCUUGGAAAAGGCUAUUGCGCGGGCUUCUAUUGUGGGAUCCGCGGGCAUGGGGGCAGCAGCGGGAGGGGAUGAUGCAGGCAUGGGGGCGGCAGUGAGGGGGAUGCGUGAGGAGCUGGGGGGAAUGGGGAAGGCGGAUGAGAGCUUGGAUGAAGCUAUUGCGCGGGCUGCUAGUGCUGCUGGUGGUGCUGGUGUUGCGGCUGGUGCUGCUGGUGCUCGUGCUGCUCGUGUUUCUGCUACUGCCACUCCGCAUCCAGCCAUCCCCCAUCCUCCCAUCCCUCACCCCUCCAUCCCUCACCCCUCCAUCCCUCACCCUUCCAUCCCUCACACCUCCAUCCCCCACCCUGCCAUCCCCCGCCCUCUCAACCCCCCACCUGAAAUCCCCCUUCCUGCUGGGACCUGGGUGCAGCACCAGAUCCCCCCAGCAAGCUUCAACCAGUCAAAAGGCACUUCUGAGGCGCCUCAGAAGCAGCCUGCGCCUGGGAUCGCCCCUCCUGGUGGGAACUGGCCGCAGUAUCGUAUCCCCCCUGCAAGCUUCACCCCGUCGAAAGGCCCCGAUCCCAAGGGAAGCAGCACAGUGAUCCCUUCUUCCACUGAAAGCUGCACCACCAUCCCUCCCUCUAACGCCUCUCUUGCCACCACCACCACCAACGCCUCCAGCUCUGUUAUCCGCCCCUAUGGCGCCUCCUCUGUUUCAACCAGCACGUGGGGCAGUAGUGUUGGUAACAGUAACGCGUCGAGCGUUGGCGAGUACGGUUACGGGAUGGUUACCACGUUCGGCCUGCCGUGCGAGUCGUUGGAGGAGGCUUUGGAACGGGCGUCGCUGACCGCUAGCUCGACACGGUCCAGUAUAGACGGGGAUGCAGGCCACGGGUAUCAUAUUGGUGCUGAUGCUGAUGCAGCUUCUAGUGCUGAUGCUGAUGCAGCUUCUAGUGCUGCUGCUGCUAGUGCUGGUGCUGCUGCUGCUGCUGCUGAUGGUGUUGCUGCUGGUGUGGAUGCGUUUGGAGCAGAGGAGGCAGGUGGAAAGAAGAAGCGGCAGGGAGUGGGAGGCAUGCUGGCUCAUGCAUUCAAAUGGGGAUCCAAGCAUCAAUCUCACAAGAACGACCCAGCUGCUAGCAAGCGAGCCGAAAGGCUCCGGCACGGAAAACACCACGACGGUUUAGUAGGGUCGCAGAUAGGUGGUUCUGAGGCGGGUUCGAUCCGGUCGGCUAAGGGUUUCGGGGUGAUUGAGGAGGAGGAUUAUGAGGACGAGGGGCGGGCGUCUGGGUACAGCUCGUCAACGCACUCUUCGGGGAAUUCGGGCUCGAGAGGGUGGCAUUCCCCGUCUCAUUCACACAGAGGGGCGGUGGCGCGUGCAGGGGCGUUUGGGAGCCGGGGUGGGAGUGAGCGGGGCGGUGGGAGUGGGCAUAUGGGGGGUCCGGGGGCGGUGGUUCCUCCACUGCCAUUUUCGAAUGUGAGACCUGCAGCUGAAGAGGCAGCAGCAGUGGUAGCAGCACAAGCAGCGGCCACGCUUAGAAAAGGCGGAGGAGCUAUGCCUGGUCCGUUGGGGUAUAGUGAGGAUGAGAGUGGGGGUGAUGGUGGUGUGGGCUACACUGCUGUAUUUUCCAACGUGGCAGCAGCAGCCUAUCGCAAGCCUCGGAAAUGGGCGUCGGGCGCCAGCUCAGCCACAGGAUCAGUGGCAGGUGACCUGGAUCGUGAUUAUAGUGAUCGAAAUCUGCCUGUCUACAGUAGUCAGAGGGGGUAG